AUGGCCUCCCUCUCUAAGACCGUCACUCUUGCCUCUGGAGAGGAAAUGCCUCUCGUUGGUUUCGGCCUGUGGAAGGUUCCCAAGGAGACAGCAGCCGAAACUGUUUAUAAUGCCAUCAAAGUCGGCUACCGGCUCUUCGACGGAGCUUACGACUACCAGAACGAGAAGGAGGCUGGCGAGGGCAUCCGCCGAGCUAUCGAUGAGGGCCUUGUGAAGCGAGAGGAUAUCUUCAUCACUACCAAGCUCUGGAACAACUACCACCGCAGGGAGCAUGCCAUCGACAUGGUGAAGAAGCAAAACGAGACUUGGGGCCUUGGCUAUAUUGAUCUUCUCCUCAUCCACUUCCCCUGUGCCCUAAAAUAUAUCGACCCUAGUGUUCGCAAGUACCCUGCGUGGUGGAUGGAUGAUAACGGCACUGUCGAAGAGGAUAAGGUUCCUAUCCGUGAAACCUGGGAAUCCCUUGAGCAGCUUGUUGAUGAGGGUGUUGCUAAGAGUGUUGGCGUUAGCAAUUUCCAAGCCCAGUCUCUCUAUGAUAUUAUAAGCUAUGCACGACACCCUAUCUCCUCCCUCCAGAUUGAGCAUCACCCUUAUCUCGUUCAGCCUGGCCUUAUCGAUAUGGCCCAACUUCAUAAGAUUGUUGUUACAGCCUACUCUUCCUUUGGCCCUCAGUCUUUCCUUGAGCUUCCUGAGGCAUUUUCUAAGAAGGCUAAAAAUAUUUCUGCUUUAUUUGACGAUAAUACCAUCAAGUCACUUGCUGCUAAGUAUAAUGUUACUACUUCGCAAGUGCUCCUCCGAUGGGCUACUCAGCGUGAUAUUGCUGUUAUUCCGAAGUCGAAUAACAAGGAUAGACUGAAGCAGAAUCUCGACAUCUUCGGUUUUGAUAUGACUGCUGACGAGCUCCAGUCUAUCAGCAACCUUGACAGGGGUCUUCGUUUUAACGACCCUGGCUUUUAUCUUCCCAACCACCCACUCCAUAUCUUUGCUUAA